AUGUUAUCAUUGUGGGUGGUAGUAUUCAGUUAUUUCCUAGGUGGCCUUACGUUUAUUCCAUUGUGCUUAUUGUGUGUUUUUUAUUUAACGACUAGACCAAAACAUAAAUCAGAAGGUGAGAUUGGUUCGGAGAAGAACUGUUAUGAAGAGCUAGUUGCCGUUGAUGCCCUGGACCCUGAAUUUAAGGUUGGGGACCUAGAGGAAUUGAAGGGAGUGGAAGCGUUUAAGAAAGGGUGGGUAUAUGUUACAAACAAGUACUAUUACCAUUCUUCGGAAUUGCAAGGUACUCUGGGUCCGGAAAGGGAUACGCUACCUAGUCGAGAUAAAUUGAAACGUAAAAAGAAGUUCUAUGCGAUUUUGAAGCAUGGCAAUUUAUUUCUUUACAAGAACGAUGUUCACGGUACCGAUGUUUUUCAGGUCGUUGUUUUAAAGAACUCCUUUGUGACUAUAUGGCCUCGUGAUACAAGUGUCGAAAUACCAGACGCCUCUUUGUUCACGAAUAAAACGUGUAUUUCUAUUUGCCGGAAUGGUAAGGCUUACUUAGACGACAAUGGAAAAUUGCAAUUUUCAGACAGUAUUAUGCAUGGCCCUGCAGAUCAAUACUUUGUCUAUGUGGAUAGCAAUGUUGAAAAAGAAGACUGGUAUUUUGCGUUGAUUAAUGCUUCUAAGAUAAGCGUUUCGGAUUCUCUGUUGGAUCCAUCGCUGUCUGCUACUACCGCUCAUAUUAGAACUAGGGAUAUGAUGUACUUGAUUCAAACUGUUAAUGCAACUGAGGGCCAAGUUGCUACCAAAUGGUUCAAUACUUUGAUAUGCAGAUUGUUUCUUUCCUUGCAACAAACUGAAAUGCUAAACGAUCUAUUAAAGGAGAAGAUUCAUAAGAAGUUGACAAAAAUUAACAAACCUGGCUUUUUGGAUGACUUUAAAAUCGAACAUUUAGAUGUAGGCAAUUCUGCUCCAAUGAUUACCAAUCCAAAAUUAUUAGAAUUAUCCCCCGAAGGUAAUACAAAAGUGCGUUGUAAUCUGCUCUACCGAGGAAACCUUACAUUGAUUAUAUCAACGAAGGUUAAUAUAAACUUGGGCUCACGAUUUAAAAACAGGGAAGUAACAAUUGAGUUAGCUAUUACUAUUAGAGAAGUGGAAGGGCCGUUGAUCAUUUUAAUUAAACCUCCCCCGUCGAACAGGUUUUGGUAUGCUUUUGAAUCUGAACCAAAUUUAAAUAUAGAUAUUGAACCAAUCGUUAGCACACGGCAGCUAUCAUAUAAUAUGAUUACAAAUGUUAUUAAAUCUAAGUUCAAGGAGGCUCUUAAAGAAUCACUUGUUUUACCCUUUAUGGAUGAUAUUGUCUUUUACCCAACUCAAAACGAGGUGUAUCGAGGAGGUAUUUGGCAACAUGAUAAUAAUAAAGAACUGGAAGAUAUGCAGACCCCAGAACUAGCUGAGGAUCCUGUUUCAACUAUUCCUUCUAACGCAGUAUCAAAUAAAACUGAUUAUUCAUCGAAUCCAAUAACUAAUAGUGACAAAAGCAGUGUAUCUAGUCAAUCGCCAGAACGUAAGACGGGUGUAUCUCCAAGACCCUUCUUCGAUGAAGAUGGUAGUACAUCAUCUUUACGCAAAUCGAUAGACGUACACCCUUCAAGUGAUUCUGACAGUGCAAGUGAGAAAGAGUCGAUUUCAAGCUUAGGAGAAAACAGCUUGAAGAAUAAAACCAUGCACAGGGUUGGCACCCUAAAGAAUAUGAUUAAGGCCCGUGCCAGUACAGAUGGAAGCAUCAGAUCAAUCGAUUCAAAUUCUUCUCUGGACUCCACAGGUUCUAAAAAGUACUUCCAGAGUGGUAUGAAAAAAAUUGGUAAAUGGUAUAAAGACCAGGUCAAUACUGCAAGGGAGGCUGUGACGGAAUCUCAGUUGGAAGUAUCGCAUAAAUUCAAUUCUGCUCCAUUUAUACUAGAACCACAAAAACCAGGUGUUCCUGAAAUGAUUUCUAACAGGCGAACUCAUCCAAGACUGAAGUCGCAAUCAGAUAUAAAGGAAGAUUUUUCAAAGCUAACAUCUGAAUCAAAUGCCGAUAUGUUUGUAAAUAGGGCAAGGGCUACGUCUUUUGAUGCGCCAAAGUCGCCAAGUUUAAAUGGACCCUAUCCAUUUGCACCUCAGAGCCCUAUAACUCCUGCGUCACCAGUAUCUACAAUGUCCAGGCGGCUUUCAGUAAACAGUCAACUAGAACAUAACCACUCUUCUGACUCCCUGAUUGCGGAUGGUCCUUCAAAUCAAGUCCCAGAAAUACUAUCCAAAGUUCCAGAGGCGAAGGAAUUUACAAAGGAAAACAAAGGAAGUGAUCCCAUAACUUCUACAGAUGUUGCAACGGCUGCAGCGAUAGCAGUUUUUCCUACUGGUCCAUCAUCGAUCCUAGUCAAUGGUGAACAAGUAGCGUUCAAAUCUUUAGGUAGGAGAAGACCGCUGCCUGUAAUCCCAACUGAGCAAAUUGAUAUUAAGCAAAUUGAUAUUAAACGUAGCGAUAGUCUUGGGUCCCCAGAGCUGCCAGAGGAUGUAGAGUCUUCUGAAAACCCGCCUACACCUAUAUGA